UUUAUUCAAUCGUUCACUUGGUCAAUGGAAUAAUAUAUCCAUCUAAAUAUAUUUUGACAGAAGAAGAGUGUUGUAAUAAUUUAACUUAAUCGUUGAAAUAAAAUUUAGUAAUUGGUUAAAUAAUAAAUUAAAAAUUGUUACCGGUGUGCGUGUAGUGUAAGACACACAGAGGUUGUUUUGUAAUAUUACACUUGGAGGAACUUCAGAGUAUCCAAAAGAUCUGCCGGUAGAUGGAGUCUACCAUCGACAAGGAUGGCUGUCGGAAAACGCCUGCAGCAGAUGAACUGAAAGAAGUCACAGACAAAAGGAAGGGUCGUGGAGCAGUAGAAAGUGGCCUAACCCACGAAUGUGGCGUUUUUGGAGCAAUAGCAUGUGGCGAUUGGCCUACGCAGGUUGAUGUUGCCCAAGUGAUAGUACUAGGCCUGGUCGCCCUGCAGCACAGAGGCCAAGAAUCGGCAGGAAUCGUCACGAGCGAAGGAACUUGUGCCAAAAGUUUUAACAUUCACAAAGGAAUGGGUAUGAUUAGCAAUAUCUUUACAGAUGAAACUAUGAAAAAGUUGAAAGGCAAUCUGGGAAUCGGACACACGAGAUAUUCGACAUCAGCAGCUAGUGAAGAAGUAAACUGCCAACCCUUUGUAGUACACACGAAUCACGGAAUCAUGGCCGUUGCCCACAAUGGAGAACUUGUCAAUUGUGAAAGCCUGAGACGAAUGGUUUUGGCUCGGGGUGUAGGUCUAUCAACCCAUUCCGAUUCCGAACUGAUAACCCAGGCGUUGUGUCUUUCGCCUCCUGAUGGUGCAGAAGCCGAAGGAUCAGGGCCUGAUUGGCCAGCAAGAAUUAGGCAAUUGAUGCGAUUAGCACCCUUAUCCUAUUCCUUGGUGAUUGCAUUCAGGGAUAGAAUAUAUGGAGUCAGAGACCCUUAUGGUAACCGACCCUUGUGCUUGGGGAAGAUUGUACCUAUAGGAGCUACAGGUGAUGUUAAUGAUAUUCCUGCUGAUGGAUGGGUUAUAUCAAGCGAGAGCUGCGGAUUUUUGUCUAUAGGUGCACGUUAUGUCAGAGAGGUGAGACCUGGUGAAAUAGUAGAAAUAACACGAGAACGAGGUCCAGUAACCUGCGGAACACCUGAACCUCGUCCUCCAGGACGAGGUUUGACACCAGUGCCUCCAGCCUUUUGUAUUUUUGAAUACGUCUAUUUUGCAAGAUCCGACAGUCUUUUGGAAGGCAGAAUGGUUUAUUCUGUUCGUAUGCAAUGUGGUGCCCAAUUGGCAAGAGAGGCACCUUGUAAGGGGGCUGAUAUUGUUAGUAGUGUACCUGAAAGCGGGACUGCCGCCGCCCAUGGAUACGCACUCGAGUCCGGAGUGCCUUUUGCAGAAGUCUUGUGCAAAAAUCGUUACGUGGGCAGAACAUUCAUCCAACCAUCGACCCGAUUGAGGCAACUCGGGGUUGCCAAAAAAUUUGGAGCACUUUCAGAAAACGUUCGAGGAAAAAGAUUAAUACUAAUCGAUGAUAGUAUAGUUAGAGGAAACACCAUUGGUCCAAUUAUCAAGCUCUUACGAGAUGCUGGUGCCCGUGAAGUACAUAUAAGAAUUGCCAGUCCGCCCCUGCUCUACCCGUGCUAUAUGGGUAUAAAUAUUCCUACACGAGAAGAACUCAUUGCGAAUAGACUGGGACCUGAUGAAUUAGCCAAACACGUAGGGGCUGACAGUCUGGCCUACUUAAGUGUAGAAGGUCUAAAGAAAGCUGUUCGAAUCAACAUAAAAAAUGAAAUAAAUGAACCAGUCGGUCACUGUACAGCCUGUCUGUCCGGAGAAUACCCCGGAGGAGUCCCGGAAGAACUAACUUGGUAAAUUUUGAGAUUACUCGAAUCCAGAUAUUAUUUAUAAGACCAAAUGGUUUGUAGUUUGUAUGAAUUUAGGACUUUGUAAGUUGACAAAAUCAUUCCCCACAAUCGGAAUAAAUGUAUAAAUUUAUUGUAACCCUAAAAAAUUUCUUGUUAGGACAAGUU